GGUUGGUGUAAGAGGAACUGAAGCCGGGAGUCCAGUGAAGGGGCAGAAGCAGGGCCAUGCCCAAGCCGCCCCCAAGAGCCCCUUGAACCUGCACCUCCAUUACGACCCAUUCAGGUGCCUCCAGGAGCCCAGACACCCGCCCUCACCAUGGGCAGCAAGGAGCGCUUCCACUGGCAGAGCCACAACGUGAAACAGAGUGGCGUGGACGACAUGGUGCUCCUGCCCCAGAUCACCGAAGACGCCAUCGCUGGCAACCUCCGGAAGCGCUUCAUGGACGACUACAUCUUCACCUACAUCGGCUCCGUGCUCAUCUCCGUAAACCCCUUCAAGCAGAUGCCUUACUUCACAGACCGCGAGAUCGACCUCUACCAGGGCGCGGCCCAGUAUGAGAAUCCCCCGCACAUCUACGCCCUCACGGAUAACAUGUACCGGAACAUGCUCAUCGACUGUGAGAACCAGUGUGUCAUUAUUAGUGGAGAGAGUGGAGCUGGGAAGACAGUGGCAGCCAAAUAUAUCAUGGGGUACAUCUCCAAGGUGUCUGGCGGAGGCGAGAAGGUCCAGCACGUCAAAGAUAUCAUCCUGCAGUCCAACCCGCUACUCGAGGCCUUCGGCAACGCCAAGACUGUGCGCAACAACAAUUCCAGCCGCUUUGGCAAGUACUUUGAGAUCCAGUUCAGCCGAGGUGGGGAGCCAGAUGGGGGUAAGAUCUCCAACUUCUUGCUGGAGAAGUCCCGCGUGGUCAUGCAGAAUGAAAACGAGAGGAACUUCCACAUCUACUACCAGCUGCUGGAAGGAGCCUCACAGGAGCAACGGCAGAACCUAGGGCUCAUGACACCUGACUACUAUUACUACCUCAACCAAUCGGACACCUACCAGGUGGACGGCACUGACGACAGAAGCGACUUUGGUGAGACUCUGAGCGCCAUGCAGGUCAUUGGAAUCCCGCCCAGUGCCCAGCAGCUGGUCCUGCAGCUCGUGGCGGGAAUCUUGCACCUGGGAAACAUCAGUUUCUGUGAAGACGGAAAUUACGCCCGAGUGGAGAGCGUGGACCUCCUGGCCUUUCCCGCCUACCUGCUGGGCAUUGACAGCGGGCGACUGCAGGAGAAGCUGACCAGCCGCAAGAUGGACAGCCGCUGGGGCGGGCGCAGUGAGUCCAUCGACGUGACCCUUAACGUGGAGCAGGCGGCCUACACCCGCGACGCCCUGGCCAAGGGGCUCUAUGCCCGCCUCUUUGACUUCCUUGUGGAGGCUAUCAACCGUGCUAUGCAGAAGCCCCAGGAAGAGUACAGCAUCGGAGUGCUGGACAUUUAUGGCUUCGAGAUCUUCCAGAAAAAUGGCUUCGAACAGUUCUGCAUCAACUUCGUCAACGAGAAGCUGCAGCAAAUCUUUAUCGAACUCACCCUGAAGGCUGAGCAGGUGGGCAGCCAGGAGGCCAGGGAUGGGAUGGGGGAUCCUGGGGUAGUGGUGGGGUGGAAGGACCAUGGGGAUCCCUUAGCAACUAGGGGACACCCCAGCCUUUCCCACCACGUUCCCACCUCUCUCUGCCAACCUGCCCAGGCUCCAUACCCCCUGUCAAGGGAUUUUAGUCUGGGACCUGAAUCGCGUGAGGGGUCCCCACCGACCUCUGUACCCCAGCAAGCUUCCACAGCAGUCCUGCACACACCCCUGUGCCACCACGACCCCCCAGCCCCCCACCGCCACCAGCCGUUCCAUCCCCGACCCCUGCAAUGCCUUUUGUGCUUGUGUUUGGACGCCCCUGGAGCCAUCCCCGCCCCCGAAGCUGUAGCUCCCUCCACUCCUCCACCCCCUCCCUCCCCUAAUCUCCGGGCUGACGAGCUGUGCUGGGGGGUGGGCAGCAAGGCAGACCAAACUGAGCCGACCCGGCUCCCUCACGCCCCGCAGAGCCCCCCAGGCAUCAUGAGCGUCCUGGACGACGUGUGCGCCACCAUGCACGCCACGGGCGGGGGAGCAGACCAGACCCUGCUGCAGAAGUUGCAGGCGGCUGUGGGAACCCACGAGCAUUUCAACAGCUGGAGCGCCGGCUUCGUCAUCCACCACUACGCUGGCAAGGUCUCCUACGACGUCAGCGGCUUCUGCGAGAGGAACCGAGACGUUCUCUUCUCUGACCUCAUAGAGCUGAUGCAGACCAGUGAGCAGGCCUUCCUCCGGAUGCUCUUCCCUGAGAAGCUGGAUGGAGACAAGAAGGGGCGCCCCAGCACUGCCGGCUCCAAGAUCAAGAAACAAGCCAACGACCUGGUGGCCACACUGAAGAGGUGCACACCCCACUACAUCCGCUGCAUCAAACCCAACGAGACCAAGAGGCCCCGGGACUGGGAGGAGAACAGGGUCAAGCACCAGGUGGAAUACCUGGGCCUGAAGGAGAACAUCAGGGUGCGCAGAGCCGGCUUCGCCUACCGCCGCCAGUUCGCCAAGUUUCUGCAGAGGUAUGCCAUUCUGACCCCCGAAACGUGGCCCCGGUGGCGUGGGGACGAACGCCAGGGCGUCCAGCACCUGCUUCGGGCGGUCAACAUGGAGCCUGACCAGUACCAGAUGGGAAGCACCAAGGUCUUUGUUAAGAACCCGGAGUCGCUUUUCCUCCUGGAGGAGAUGCGAGAGCGGAAGUUCGAUGGCUUUGCUCGAACCAUCCAGAAGGCCUGGCGGCGCCACGUGGCUGUCCGGAAGUACGAGGAGAUGCGGGAGGAAGCUUCCAACAUCCUGCUUAACAAGAAGGAGCGGAGGCGCAACAGCAUCAAUCGGAACUUCGUCGGGGACUACCUGGGGCUGGAGGAGCGGCCAGAGCUGCGUCAAUUCCUGGGGAAGAGGGAGCGAGUGGACUUCGCUGAUUCGGUCACCAAGUACGACCGCCGCUUCAAGCCCAUCAAGCGGGACUUGAUCCUGACGCCGAAGUGUGUGUAUGUGAUUGGGCGAGAGAAGGUGAAGAAGGGACCCGAGAAGGGCCAGGUGCGUGAAGUCUUGAAGAAGAAGCUGGACAUCCAGGCUCUGCGGGGAGUCUCCCUCAGCACACGACAGGACGACUUCUUCGUCCUCCAGGAGGACACCGCAGACAGCUUCUUGGAGAGCGUCUUCAAGACCGAGUUCGUCAGCCUUCUGUGCAAGCGCUUCGAGGAGGCAACGCGGAGGCCCCUGCCCCUCACCUUCAGCGACACACUACAGUUCCGGGUGAAGAAGGAGGGCUGGGGCGGUGGCGGCACCCGCAGCGUCACCUUCUCCCGCGGCUCCGGCGACUUGUCAGUGCUCAAGGUUGGCGGCCGGACCCUCACGGUCAGCGUGGGCGAUGGGCUGCCCAAGAGCUCCAAGCCUACACGGAAGGGAAUGGCCAAGGGAAGAUCUCGGAGGUCGACCCCGGCCCCUACCCGGGCAGCCCCUGGGCCCUCCAGAGGCAUGGAUCGCAAUGGGGUGCCCCCGUCUGCCAGAGGGGGCCCCCUGCCCCUGGAGAUCAUGUCUGGAGGGGGCUCCCACCGGCCUCCCCUGGGCCCUCCGUCCACAUCCCUGGGGGCCAGCAGACGCCCCCGGGCACGGCCGCCCUCGGAGCACAACACAGAAUUCCUCAACGUUCCUGACCAGGGCAUGGCCGGCAUGCAGAGGAAGCGCAGCGUGGGGCAACGGCCAGUGCCUGGUGUCGGCCGACCCAAGCCCCAGCCUCGGAUACAUGGCCCCAGGUGCCGGGCCCUGUACCAAUACGUGGGCCAAGACGUGGACGAGCUGAGCUUCAACGUGAAUGAGGUCAUCGAGAUCCUCAUGGAAGAUUCCUCGGGCUGGUGGAAGGGCCGGCUUCAUGGUCAGGAGGGCCUCUUCCCAGGAAACUACGUGGAGAAGAUCUGAGCUGGGGGCCUGGGAUUCUGCCUUCUCUUUUGCCCGCCUGUCUGCCUGCCUGCCUGCCUGGUGGGGAGCCAGGCCCUGCCAAUGAGAGCCUCGUUGACCUGGGCUACCUUGGCCUAAAAGUCCAGUCCUGUGGCCUCCAGCCCUGCCCAGGCCAUGGGUCUGUGGGUCCCUGGUGCAGCCCCCCGUCCCUGGGCCCUGGUCUUCCCCCAACACCACACCCGCUGCCUCUUCUCCAUUUCUGCCUGUGUCAAAUGGGACUAACAGCAGAAUCUACCUCCCACCUGCCGUGUGAAUAAGAGAUGAGUCUCAAGUCCUGGGCUGUUGGCAAAGUGCUGGGCACAGUUGCAGGGAGGGGUCCUUGACAAGUGUGACUGCUCAUUUUGUCAUCACAAAGGCAAUAAAUGUUUGCCAGGUGAAA